CAUUAAGUGCAUUUAUAUAUGCUGGUUUCACCGAUCUGUUCGAUGGAUUUAUUGCACGUAAAUAUGAUAUGAGGACGGUGUUAGGAACGGUGAUGGACCCAGCGGCUGAUAAAAUAUUAAUGACUAUUUUGACUAUUGUAUUAGCAAAGAAAGAUUUAUUACCAAUUCCAAUCGCCGCUGUGAUAUUGGGACGCGACGUAGGAUUGAUUUUCGCAUCAUUUUAUUAUCGAUAUAUCUCACUGCCACCUCCGAAAACAUUAGGGAGAUAUUUUGACAUGUCAAUUCCAUCCGCAGAAGUAAGACCAACACUAAUUAGCAAGAUAAACACGGCCUUACAGUUAACUCUGAUGGGAGUUACACUUGCUAGUCCGGUUUUUGGAUGGACGGAUGCUCAAGCUUUAAUAGCAUUACA